CAAAGGGUCACCUGUGGAUUGCAUCAUUUAUGACGCUUUCAUGCCUUGGGUUCUUGAUGUUGCCAAGAACCUUUCUUUAUUUGGGGCAGUGUUCUUCACAAUGUCUUGUGCAGUGGGAAACAUCUGCUACCAUGUUAACAGUGGCUUGCUUGACCUUCCAUUGAAGAAAAAAGAGGAUGAUGAUGAUGAUGGCAUAUUGCUGCAGCUGCCUGGGUUGGCUCCACUUAUGGCCACAGAUUUUCCAUCUUUCAUUUCUGAUUUUGGGUCUUAUCCACCUUUCUUGAAAAUGCUUGUGGAUCAGUUCUCUAAUGUCAAGUCUGCAGACUGGAUCUUCUGCAAUACCAUCUAUGAACUGGAGCAAAGGGAAGUUGAAUGGAUGAGAAAGCAAUUGCCAUUGAAGGCAAUUGGUCCAACCAUACCUUCAAUGUAUGUUGACAAGAGGCUUGAGAAUGACAAAACAUAUGGUCUUAGCAUAUACCAGCCAAGAACUGACGUGUGCAUGAAAUGGCUAAAUGAACGCUCCGAAGGCUCAGUCAUCUAUGUGUCCUUCGGGAGCAUGGCGGAGCUAAAGGAGGAGCAAAUGGAGGAGUUAGCAUUAGGACUAAAGAAAAGCAACCACUACUACAUGUGGGUAAUCAGAGCAUCAGAAGAAUCAAAACUUCCAAGAGACUUCUCUGCGGAGAAGGGGUUGAUAGUGACGUGGUCCCCACAACUAGACGUUUUGUCACACAAGGCGGUCGGUUGCUUCGUGACACAUUGUGGCUGGAACUCAACUCUGGAAGCGUUGACACUAGGUGUGGCUAUGGUGGCCAUUCCGGUGUGGACCGACCAAGGAACUAAUGCUAAGUAUGUGAGUGAUGUUUGGGAAAUAGGAAUCAGGGCUAAGAAGGAUGAUAGGGGGAUUGUGGUGAAAGGUGAGGUGGAGAGGUGUGUGAGAGAAGUGAUGGAAGGAGGAAAGGGUAAAGAGAUUAGAAGAAAUGCUGCCAAUUGGAAAGGGAUCAUUAGAAAGGCUAUUAAUGAAAAUGGAAGUUCUGAUUUGAAUAUCAAGGAGUUCAUUGCUGAAUUGUCUCAAUCUAAGUUGGAGAAGUUAGCACAUUAAUGCUCCAACCUCUACUCCAAAUGAUCAUUUGUUUAGGAGAGACAUACAUGACUUCCCUUAAAGAAAUCUAGCCCAAAUGAAUAGCUACUUUGCUUUCUACCUCUAGUAUAUGUAAUAAUACAUUUGGAAAUGUUAUCCACCCACUCUAUUUCAACUAUGUGUAAUCUUACAUUCAUCCUAAAAUGAUGAUCCCACUUUUUUGUAAAAUCUAUCUUUAAUACUCUGUGAUAUUAAUAAAGUUCACGGGUAUAGUUAUAAUGAUUUCAAAAAUACAUAUUACUAAAAUUGUUCAAGGGUA